AUGUACAAGACAAAUUGGAUGUACAAGACAAAUUCAUUUGGUGCAACCGAGAUCCUGGAGGUGCUCAAGAACUGGCCGGAGAGGAGCAUCCAGGUCAUCGUCGUCACCGACGGCGAGCGCAUCCUUGGCCUCGGGGAUCUCGGUUGCCAGGGGAUGGGAAUUCCCGUUGGCAAGCUCUCCCUCUACACUGCCCUUGGAGGUGUUCGCCCCUCAGCUGAGUACCAUGAACUUCUCGAAGAGUUCAUGACGGCCGUCAAGAAAAACUACGGCGAGAAGGUGCUCACCCAGGGAACAGCCUCCGUGGUCCUGGCAGGCCUCCUGGCGGCGCUCAAGGUGGUCGGCGGGACGCUUGCAGACCACACUUACCUGUUCCUAGGUGCCAGCGAGGCCGAGACUGGCAUCACCGAGCUCAUUGCUCUCGAGAUGUCAAAACAGACUGGGUCUCCGAUCGAGGAGUGCCGCCCGAAGAUCUGGCUCAUGGACUCCAAGGGCCUGAUCAUGGCGUCGCGGAUAGACUCGCUCACGUUGGGCAAGGGCGGCACCUUCACUCAGGACGUGGUGGAAGCCAUGGGUGCCUUGAACGAGAAGCCCUUGAUCUUCGCGCUAUCGAACCCGAUGUCGCACUCAGAAUGCACGGCGGAACAGGCCUACACGUGGACGCAGGGCCGCGCGGUGUUUGCGAGCGGCAGCCUGUUCCCAACGGUGGAGCUAGACGGGAAGACGCUAGUGCCAGGCCAGUCCAACAACGCCUACAUCUUCCCUUGGUUCGGCCUCGGCGUCAUCAUCUUGGCCGCCAUCCGCGUCCGCGACGGCAUGCUGCUGGCCGCCUCUGAGGCGCUGGCGGAGCAGGUGACGGAGGAGCACUUCGCCAAGGGCCUCAUCUUCCCGCCCUUCACCAACAUCCGCGCCAUCUCGGCCCACAUAGCCACCAAGGCCUAUGAGCGCCUGCCACGCCUCGGCGACCUCGUCAAGUAUGCGGAGAGCUGCAUGUACACCCCCACCUACCGUAGCUACCGGUAA